CACCAAGAUGCAGAUGCAGCGUCGUGCUGCCCUGGCCGGCGGCAUUGGGACUUCGUCCACUGCUGCCGCCGCGUCCUCGGCUGAGGAGUUCUACAAGGGCUCCGUGGACUGCUUCAAGCAAGUCCUCUCCAAGCACGGCGUCAAGGGGCUGUACCGCGGCUUCACCUCCACCAUCCUGAGGGACAUGCAGGGUUACGCGUGGUUCUUCCUGGGCUAUGAGGCAACCGUCAACCACUUCCUGCAGAACGCGGGUCCAGGGGUGCACAGCAAGGCCGACCUGAACUAUCUGCAGGUCAUGGCGGCGGGCGUGAUUGCCGGGUUCGGGCUGUGGGGCUCCAUGUUCCCAAUCGACACCAUCAAGUCCAAGAUGCAGGCCGACUCCCUGGCCAAGCCGCAGUAUAACACCACGCUCGACUGCCUGCGCAAGGUGCUGGCGAGCGAGGGGCAGGCGGGGCUGUGGCGCGGCUUCUCGGCCGCCAUGUACCGCGCCAUCCCCGUCAACGCAGGCAUCUUCCUGGCGGUGGAGGCCAGCCGGCAGGGCAUCAAGCUGUACGAGGAGCAGGUGGAGCACGUGUACGGAGGAGUGGUGGGACCUGCCGUACAAUAAGGGUUGCUGGCAGUCCAUGUGUGUGUAUGGGGUAUUUGAAGCUGGCGGGAGAGGCAAAAGCAAGAUGAUGAUUCGAUGAGCGUCUCAGACAGAGUGUGGAACAUGAGUGCGGAUGCGUUAAGCGUAUGACUGGCUUAUUUCUACAGAGUUGGAACCUGGUUAGGGGCAAUGGCUGCCUGUGUGUCCAAUUGACGUACGGCAGCCUCGGCGGGUGCUUCCGUGUGGUUGUAUGUAUGUAUCGGAGAGCUGCGGAAGCCGCAUGGCCUAAUAAGGCGUGCGCAGGGUUGCAUGUUGUGCUGAAGAAUAUGGGUGUUUAAAGGCCCGUUCAGUUGAUUGAGUGGUAGGAGUAGGGGAGAGUUGAGAGGUGUCCAGCUAGUCCUGAGGGAGGUGGGCUCGACCCACUUGCGAUUGAUAUCGAACGUGCCGUACUUCACUCUGCUACCUAUUGUUUUCUUAGAACUUGGACCGGUACCACGUUUGUGUGAGAAUCGAUGCAACGUUCGCCCGUAAAAAGUUUCUGUUGGCCGGUUUGGUAGUUUUGCGGCAUGUGCCCGGGUACUAAUACUCUAUGCGUACAAUGGAUUGGGUUAACUAGUAGAUGGGUGGUUAGGACAAGCGCAACUCCGGGCAUAACUCCCUCAACAUGCAACAGGCCCAUGGGUCUUGUAAUUCCUGACUGAUCCAUACCCACAGACGUACGAAACCCGUUGGGAAGACUGGC